GUGGUAGCCAUCACGGCCAUCACAGUGCAAGAAGACGACAUGAAGGUCAUCGUCACGGGCUUUGGCCAGUUUGGCAAGAUCGUUGAGAACCCGACGACGGCGCUCGCGCAGAAACUCGAGGGCAACGCGAAUGCGACCGCGGUCUUUGUCCUCGAGGUGUCGGCCGACGGCCUCAACGAAGCGCUCGCGCCGUACUGGGCCGAGGCCGAGGCGUCGGACGAGCCAUUUAUCUUUCUGCACAUGGGCGUGAGUCACAAGGGCACGGCGAUCAACCUCGAGCAGGUCGGGUACAACGUCGCCGACUUUCGCAUUCCGGACAUGCGCGGGUGGGAGCCGGCCGCCGAGCCGAUCGCGCCCAACGGGCCCGAAAGCUACUCGACGAGCCUGCCGGUCGAGAAGCUCGCCGCGGCGCUCGGCCCGCACACGACCGUCUCGACGGACCCGGGCCGCUACAUUUGCAACUACGUCUAUUUCAAGUCGCUCGCAGUGACCCACACCAAGGCCCACCAGCAUGCGCUUUUCGUCCACGUACCCGAGUUUACGGUCGUGAGCGAAGCCGACCAGUUGGCGACGAUCGAGCACCUCCUCGUGCUGCUGCGCGCGAUGGACGAGGCGUAAAUCCCAAUGUACGGAAGAAAGCUGUGCAUGCCAGCCAUAA